UAGCUGGGCUACCAACGGUAACAUACAUUCACCGAUAGGGUCACCGCCUUAACACCGCAGACCGCCUCUCUCAUCCUACACCCUUCUUAGGGUUUAAAUCGAAAAACUCUGUUUAGAGCAAACAAGGUGCUGAAUCUGCUCUAUCGACUUCAAUCAUGCCUCAAGGAGAUUACAUAGAGCUUCACAGGAAGAGAAAUGGCUAUCGCCAUGAUCACUUCGAGAGGAAGCGGAAGAAGGAAGCGCGUGAAGUUCACAAGCGCUCCCAAACUGCUCAAAAGGCUUUAGGAAUCAAGGGUAAGAUGUUUGCCAAGAAACGAUAUGCAGAAAAGGCUCAAAUGAAGAAGACAUUGGCUAUGCACGAAGAAUCAUCAAGUAGACGCAAGGUGGAUGAUGAUGUUCAGGAAGGUGCUGUUCCUGCCUAUCUUCUUGAUCGUGAGACCACAACACGUGCAAAGAUUCUUAGCAACACAGUAAAACAAAAAAGAAAGGAGAAAGCAGGGAAGUGGGACGUGCCUUUACCCAAGGUAAGACCCGUGGCUGAAGAUGAGAUGUUCAAAGUGAUCAGAACUGGGAAAAGGAAAACGAAACAAUGGAAGAGGAUGAUCACAAAAGUGACAUUUGUAGGACAAGGUUUCACAAGAAAGCCACCAAAGUAUGAGAGAUUUAUUCGUCCAACUGGUUUAAGGUUCACAAAAGCCCAUGUGACACAUCCUGAACUGAAGUGCACUUUCAAUCUUGAAAUGAUUGGUGUCAAGAAGAAUCCUAAUGGUCCAAUGUAUACGUCACUUGGUGUUGUCACUAAAGGAACCAUAAUUGAGGUGAAUGUGAGUGAAUUAGGUCUGGUGACACCAGCUGGGAAAGUAGUAUGGGGGAAAUAUGCUCAAGUGACGAAUAAUCCUGAGAAUGAUGGAUGCAUUAAUGCGGUUUUGCUUGUGUAGUUGAUCAAGCGAAUAAGUUGGAUGUAUUUUUUGUUUUGGUUUUAGAGUAUCUUUGUAUGCUUUUUGUAAUAUACAUGAUGGGUUCUUGGUAAGAGCUUGGAGUUUGCAUGGUGA